AUUGGAUAAGGGCGGGGGGGGGGCCAUCUCCAGCGGCUAAAAUAUUAUACCUAUCAUCGUUUCCUCCUUUCUUUCUCCUCUUACAAGUAUGGCUAGCGCUCCUUUACCUCCUCCGAUACCUUCCUCUCUCGCCUCCUCCAAAUGCCACUCUUCCUCACGUUCAAAACCGCCGCCACUUGUCUCGCCUUCUCCUCCGAAUUCAAUUCCAUUACUUCCCAGACAAAAACGAAGGGAGUUGCUGCUGAAAACAGGACUUGGUCUGCUUCCUCUGGCUCUGGUUGAAUCAAUAUUGAAAGUGCCUUCCGCAGAAGCUAAGGAUGCGGUCGUGGGCUCCUAUCUCCCGCCCUCACCUUCCGAUUCUUCCUUCGUUGUCUUCAAAGCCACUCCUAAAGACACUCCCGCCCUUCGCGCUGGAAAUGUGGAGCCCUACCAGUUCAUCAUUCCCCCAACCUGGAAACAGAUGCGCGUAGCAAACAUUUUAUCUGGUAAUUACUGCCAACCAAAAUGUGCAGAGCCGUGGGUGGAGGUAAAAUUUGAAGACGAAAAACAGGGAAAACUUCAGGUUGUGGCUUCACCUUUGAUACGCCUGACCAAUAAACCGAACGCAACAAUUGAAGACAUUGGAAACCCUGAGAAGGUAAUUGCUUCUCUUGGCCCUUUCGUCACUGGAAACACAUACGAUCCAGAUGAGCUCCUUGAGACUACAGUUGAGAAGCGUGGUGAUUUGACGUACUACAAGUAUGCGCUCGAGACCCCGUUUGCUCUCACAGGUUCUCACAAUCUUGCAGUGGCAACAGCAAAGGGUAACACUGUUGUAUUAUUUGUGGUAAGUGCAAGUGAGAAACAAUGGCAAGCAUCUCAGAAGACGCUAAAAGCCAUGCUCGAUUCCUUUCAAGUGUAGUUCAUUCACUGCUAAAUGAAAUCGAAAAGAAACUUGUUUUGGCAUGGAGAGAAAAAUUGUAGAGUUCAUAUCGGGUCUGUUUAUUAAUUCAGAAAUGAUCAAAUGUUCCUUUCGAAAAAAUAAAAUUGCAACCCUUCUCCUUCGAUAUUCAAUGCCCUGUAACUUGCAGAUGCAUAGAACGUAGAAGGAUUUGGUAUAAUUAUACAUUUAUGGUAAGGGAAUUUAUCUUA